CUCGACCGCACUUUAGCAUUGCCAUACCUUUCUCUAUCCCGCGAAAAGCGGGUAGCUAAAUCUGCUCUCACUUUCUCACCCAUCCUCCAGAAAGGUCGGAUCCAUCGGGCUUGACGGCUAGCCCGAACCCAAAGAACGUACGGAAAUGAAGCACAAUGGCGAGCUCAGUUCUUUCCCCGCUGCGAACAAGCUGCUGAAGUUCGCUAUAAUCGCUCUCAUUGCCUGCCUGGGCUUGCUCUGUUUGCACUACGGGUGUUCUUUCGGGCCGGGCUCGCGGAGAUCCGACGAGGAAGCUUCCGGGUCCGAUGGACUCCACCCGCUUUUCGGUGGGUUCGUUCACCAUCGCGAUUUGGAUGAUUUGCAUGACAAUCAGGAGCACAACUCUGAGAUCCUUAAAAGCUUGCCUAUUUGUGACUUACAGUUUUCAGAGUUGAUACCAUGUCUUGAUAGAAACCUUAUCUACCAACUGCGAUUGAAGCUGAAUUUGACGUUUAGGGAGCACUAUGAGCGGCAUUGCCCGGCUCCAGAGCGGCGUUAUAAUUGCCUGAUACCGCCCCCACUUGGUUAUAAGAUACCUAUAAGAUGGCCGGAAAGUAGAGAUGAAGUGUGGAAGGCCAACAUUCCACACACCCAUCUUGCACAAGUGAAAUCUGAUCAGAAUUGGAUGGUUGUGAAUGGGGACAAGAUCAGUUUUCCGGGUGGUGGGACGCAUUUCCAUGAUGGAGCUGAUAAGUACAUUGUUGCUCUUUCCAGGAUGCUAAAGUUUCCUGGUGAUAAAUUCAACAAUGGAGGCAAUAUCCGGAAUGUUCUCGAUGUGGGUUGUGGAGUUGCGAGUUUUGGGGCAUAUCUUCUUUCUCACAACGUCAUAGCGCUGUCUCUUGCUCCGAAUGAUGCACAUGAGAAUCAAAUACAAUUUGCUCUAGAGAGGGGGAUUCCAUCCACUCUUGGUAUCUUGGGUAUAAAAAGACUUACUUAUCCAAGCAGAUCAUUUGAGCUGGCUCAUUGCUCACGCUGUCGAAUAGAUUGGCUUCAAAGAGAUGGGAUCCUGCUAUUAGAGCUUGAUAGAUUACUGAGACCUGGUGGGUAUUUUGUGUAUACUUCUCCUGAAGCAUAUGCACUUGAUCCAGAAAAUAGGAGGAUCUGGAAUGCUAUGUAUGAUCUUCUGAAAAGAAUGUGCUGGAGAGUUGUAGCGAAGAAAGAGCCUAGUGUUGUAUGGGCCAAGCCCCUGACUAAUAGUUGUUACUUGAAGAGAGAUUCUAGGACCCAGCCCCCUCUGUGUGAUUCCAAGGAUGACCCAGAUACAAGUUGGAACGUAAGCAUGAAGGCGUGCAUUUCUCGAUACUCUGGAAAGAUGCACAAGGAAAGAGGAAGUGGACUAGCUCCUUGGCCACAGAGGCUUACUGCAGCACCGCCUCGCCUGGAAGAAAUUGGCGUCAGUCCUGAAGAAUUCCAAGAGGACACUAACAUAUGGCGCUUUAGAGUGAUCGAGUACUGGAAGCAGAUGAAGUCUGUCAUACAGGAAAAUUCAAUUAGAAAUAUCAUGGACAUGAACUCAUACCUUGGUGGAUUUGCUGCUGCCCUGAAUGAAAAAGACGUCUGGGUAAUGAAUGUGGCUCCUGUCAAUGUUUCGGCCAGACUAAAGAUCAUCUACGAUCGAGGAUUAAUUGGGACUGUUCAUGACUGGUGUGAAGCAUUUUCAACAUAUCCACGUACAUAUGAUCUUCUACAUGCGUGGGAAGUAUUCUCAGAGAUUGCUGAACGGGGUUGCAAUGCAGAAGAUCUAUUGAUUGAAAUGGAUAGGAUACUCAGACCAGAUGGCUUUGUCAUUAUACGAGACAAACCUGCUGUUAUAAACUAUAUUCGAAAGUUUCUGACUGCCUUGAAGUGGGAUGGCUGGUUAUCAGAAGUAGAACCGCAGGUCGAUGCUCUUUCCUCAAGUGACGAAAGAGUUUUGAUUGCGAGAAAGAAGUUGUGGGACGAGGGGAUUUCAGUAAUGUGAUUCUGCUUGAUUUUUAGAUGUGCCAGAUGCGUUAUUGGUGCACAGCCCUGCCAGUCGAAGAGAAUGUAUCGAAAGAGUAGAGAGCCAAGGGAAUGUCUCAGUUACUGGUCGAGGCCAUGAUGCGCUUUGUUUCGUGAGAUUGAGAUGGUAGUGGCGACUCCAAACCAAUAAGGCUCCCGCUUUGCGAGGGUCGGAAAGAACGUCUAUCGUAAACACCCUUACCUAGCUUUGCACAGGUUAGAAAAUGUGCAAAGUUACGGUAGGAGAAAGGCGCAACAAAAUUGAAGAAAAACUAGCAUAAUUAGGAGACUGUUUUGCAUUGGGAUAUUAUCUUAUUUUUUACAAUUAGCCCUUUAGCCAAAAUGGUGAGAUUUGCAUAACUUCUCACCUUGGUCCCUGAUAUUUGAAAUCAAUAGAAUUGGUCAUUGAUCCUUAUUUAACAUAAUUUUUUUAUCAAGGGACCAAAAUGAUUGAUAGUAGACAAUCUCAUAGACCACUCCUAUUGAUUUUCAAAUCUCAGGAACCAAAGUGAGGAGUUAAAACAAAUUUUAAGGACUAUUUUGUCUAAAAAGCCUGUACAAUUAGAUAGUAAUUGGAAAUUGAUUAUAUGGUUUUGGACCUAUUGUUUUAUGAAUUUUGUACGAUGCGGAAGAGUUGAUAA